UGAGGCGGUCCUAAAGACCCACGCACACCUCCGGCCUGGGAUUAUCCCAGUCAGCCAGCCCUCCUCUACUUUUUACUAAACUUUUUAAAAAAUGGCUUCCUGCACUUCUUCCAGACUGUUGUCUGUGCUAUUAAUCUCUUUUUUUGCCUCCGUGGCUGACUCUCAGUAUGAAAAAUACAGCUUCAGAAGCUUCCCCAGGAACGAGCUGAUGCCUCUGGAGUCCGCGUACAAAUACGCGCUGGACCAGUACACUGGAGAGAAGUGGAAGGAGACGGUGGAGUACAUGGAGGUGUCUCUGAGGCUCUACCGGCUGCUGCGGGACAGCGAGGCCUUCUGCAACCUCAACUGCAGUUCGGUGAGGCUGGAUGACGAGCAGAAGUUUGAGGAGUUUCCUGAGCUGCGGGCGUUUGGGAAUGUGAUGAAGAGGGCGCAGUGCCUGAAGCGAUGCAAACAGGGACUGCCUGCUUUUAGGCAGACCUUGCCCAGCAGGGACACCAUAGAGGAGUUUGAGAGGAGAGAACCGUACAGAUACCUGCAGUAUGCCUACUUUAAGUCUGACAACCUAGCGAAAGCAGUGUCUGCAGCUCACACCUUCCUACUGAAGCACCCAGAUGACGAGAUGAUGCAGAAGAACAUGGCCUACUACAAAAGUCUGCCAGGAGCCGAAGAGCACCUCAAAGACCUCGAGACCAAAUCUUAUGAGUCGCUGUUUGUGCGUGCAGUGCGGGCAUAUAAUGGAGAAAACUUCCGAACCUCUGUGUCAGACAUGGAGCUGGCUCUGCGGGACUUCUUCAAGGUGUACGACGAGUGUCUGGCUGCAUCUGAAGGCCCCAGGGACGUCAGGGACUUUAAAGACUUUUACCCAUCCAUAGCGGAUCACUACAUUGAGGUCCUAGAAAGGAAGGUGAACUGUGAAAGUGAGCUAACCCCAGUCGUCGGGGGUUUCGUUGUUGAGAAGUUUGUGGCCACAAUGUACCACUAUCUGCAGUUCGCCUACUACAAAUUGAAUGACCUGAAGAACGCAGUACCUUGUGCAGCAAGUUACAUGCUGUUUGACCCCAGUGAUGAAGUUAUGAAAAAUAACGUGGCAUAUUACAAGUUCCAUAAAAGCCAGUGGGGACUGACAGAUGAGGACUUCCUACCGAGAUCUGAGGCAGUACGGUACUACAAUCAGACAACCAUGCAGCUGGAGAUGUUGGAGUUCUCCAAACAGCGCCUGGUUAGCGACGAUGAGGGGGAGGUGGUGGAGUUUAUAGAUGACUUCCUGGAUGAGGAUGAUAACCCUACAUUGGAAAGUCCACCAAAAAACUGAUAAACAAACAACCAAACAACAACACUCCCUAGUUUUGAUUUAUUGGGGCUCUGCACAGGGCUCUGAUUGGUCAGCAUGUUUUUGUUAUACCUGAAAGAUCCACUUCCUGUAUAUUCUUCCAUUUCUCACUUUGUGCACUAAAUAUCCAGUCAAGUGGUACGGGCUUGUAACAUGGCAUCUUAAUGUUUAACAUAUGGGAUUAGACUUUAAAUUUUAUGAAUUCAUUUUUCACUGUGAAUGGUGUAUGUUUUCUUUGAAAAUUGACAUUUUUGCAAUAAAAUUUAAUAAAACUUAA